GCCGUGGGGAGCGCCGGCGGGAGGCGGCGGCCGCGGCUCCUCAGCCUGGGGAAGAUGGCGCCGCCGGUGACGGAGCGCGGGCUGAAGAGCGUCGUGUGGCAGAAGGUAAAAUCUGCUGUGUUUGAUGACUGCAAGAAAGAAGGAGAAUGGAAGAUAAUGCUUUUAGAUGAAUUUACCACUAAGCUUUUGGCAUCAUGUUGCAAAAUGACAGAUCUUCUAGAAGAGGGAAUUACUGUUGUGGAGAAUAUUUAUAAGAAUCGAGAACCUGUCAGACAGAUGAAAGCUCUUUAUUUUAUCUCUCCAACGCCAAAAUCUGUAGAUUGCUUCUUACAUGAUUUUGCAAGUAAAUCAGAGAACAAAUAUAAAGCCGCCUAUAUAUACUUCACUGACUUUUGUCCUGAUACUCUCUUUAACAAAAUUAAAACAUCUUGCUCCAAGUCAAUAAGAAGAUGUAAAGAAAUAAAUAUUUCCUUCAUUCCACAUGAAUCUCAGGUAUAUACUCUUGAUGUACCCGAUGCAUUCUAUUACUGUUAUAGUCCAGACCCUGGUAAUGCCAAGGAAAAAGAUGCCCUUAUGGAAGCAAUGGCUGAUCAUAUUGUUACCGUAUGUGCCACUUUGGAUGAAAAUCCUGGAGUAAGAUAUAAAAGUAAACCUCUAGAUAAUGCCUGUAAACUUGCACAGCUGGUUGAAAAAAAACUUGAAGACUAUUACAAAAUUGAUGAAAAGAGCCUAAUAAAGGGUAAAACUCAUUCCCAGCUCUUAAUCAUUGAUCGUGGCUUUGAUCCUGUGUCCACUGUCCUGCAUGAACUGACCUUUCAGGCAAUGGCAUAUGAUCUACUACCAAUUGAGAAUGAUACAUACAAAUAUAAAACUGAUGGGAAGGAAAAGGAAGCAAUCCUUGAAGAAGAAGAUGACCUCUGGGUCAGAAUUAGACAUCGGCAUAUUGCAGUUGUGUUAGAGGAAAUUCCAAAGCUUAUGAAGGAAAUUUCAUCAACAAAGAAAGCCACAGAAGGAAAGACAUCACUUAGUGCUCUUACUCAACUGAUGAAAAAGAUGCCCCAUUUCCGUAAGCAGAUUACUAAGCAAGUUGUCCACCUUAACAUAGCAGAGGAUUGCAUGAAUAAGUUUAAGCUUAAUAUAGAAAAGCUCUGCAAAACUGAACAGGACCUGGCUCUUGGAACUGAUGCAGAAGGACAGAAGGUGAAAGAUGCUAUGCGAGUACUCCUUCCCGUUCUCCUCAACAAAAACCAUGAUAAUUGCGAUAAGAUAAGAGCGAUCCUGCUUUAUAUCUUCAGUAUCAAUGGAACCACAGAAGAAAAUUUGGACAGACUGAUCCAGAAUGUAAAGAUAGAAAGUGAUAGUGACAUGAUUCGUAACUGGAGUUAUCUUGGUGUUCCCAUUGUUCCCCAGUCUCAACAAGGCAAACCAUUAAGAAAGGAUCGAUCUUCAGAAGAAACUUUUCAGCUUUCUCGAUGGACACCUUUUAUCAAAGAUAUUAUGGAGGAUGCCAUUGAUAAUAGAUUAGAUUCAAAAGAAUGGCCAUAUUGUUCCCAGUGUCCAGCAGUAUGGAAUGGUUCUGGAGCUGUAAGUGCUCGCCAGAAACCCAGAACUAAUUAUUUAGAACUAGACCGGAAAAAUGUGUCAAAACUGAUUAUUUUUGUAAUUGGAGGAAUUACAUACUCUGAAAUGCGUUGUGCUUAUGAAGUUACUCAGGCACAUAAAUCCUGUGAAGUUAUUAUUGGUUCAACCCAUAUUUUAACACCCAAAAGGCUGUUGGAUGACAUAAAGAUGUUGAAUAAACCCAAGGAUAAAGUCUCCUUUAUAAAAGAUGAAUAGGUUUUUUUCCCUAGUUUAGAGGUGUUUAUUAAUAUGCUCAACUAAAAUAGAAUUAAGAAAUGUUGCUAUCAUGUAAUUUAAACAGUGUAAAUAUUUUAUGAAAUAGCUUUUCAAGUACAUUUCUUAAGAGACUUUAUGUAUCAUUGGAUUUAUCAUUUCUAAUAAUUAAAUAUUAUUGCUGUUUUAUAGAUGAUAAAUAUAAAGUGCUUUCUAAACAAUUUCUAAAGGAUUUCUCCUUUGAAGCAGAAUGUAUUAGAAUUAUGGGUAAUUUUUCACAGCUACCCCUAUGCAUACUAAUUACCCAUUAAAUACUUAGUCCUCUCAUGUCAAAGUAAAUAAUUUUUUAAAGAACAAUACUAAAUGAAUAGAUUAUGAAAGUAAAACUGUAAAUAUGUAUGAUACAAUUAUUUCCUAUAAGUUUUUUCUUUCAACUUCAAUCCAUAAUUUCUUUUAUGUGUAAAGUAAUUCCAGUUAUUAAUAGGAUAAUUUUACAAUGUAUACUACUUUACUAGUACUCCUAAAGAACAAUUUUAUAAUUAUGUAUAUUUAAAUUACAAAACAAAAUCGUGAACAUU